AGAUCACUUCGGCAGACGGCAACGGAAAGAAUCUCACGGACCGAACUGAACAAGGCACAAAACGGUAAUGUCCUCCGUUUCAAACGAAUCCAUUGCUAAUCCUGCACCCCUCAGACCGGCCGCCUGUCCUCCUUUCUCGCCGACGGUUGGCCGGCUGGCAGUCUUGCCGCCCCCUGACGGAGCGUCGGCGCCGCUGGGGAGCUGAGAGGAGCGCACGGCCGGCUACCCCGCGGCCGAGCCGACAGUCAGUUGAGCCGGGUCCCUCACUGUGAAGGCAGCGCGGCGCCGGAGGUACGCGUGCGGACGAGAGCGGAAGUGCAACGGGCGCAUCGUGGCAGCGUGGCACGUUGCAGAGGGGUGCGUGGCGGCCGGGUGCAGCGGAACAGUGAACGCACUGCAGCCAAAUCAGUCAGCCUGGGUGGAAUGAGCGGUUACGGUGUCAGCGCGGCGCUAUGAACGAUCUCAAGAUACCACCGCACGGAGUUGACAUCAGGGCCGGCUCGGGAUUGAUCAGCAGUCUGUCGGGCGCCACCAGUCGCCUGUGUCGUGUCAGCGCCAUUGGUCGACGAUCGCUGCUGGUCGCCCUCGGACUGACGCUACUGCUGCUCUACUGCGCCAACAGUCCACCGAUACCGUGGCAGAAAGGCUGGCCGGCGCGACGUCCGACGGAGGUGGUGCUGGUCACUGGCCAUGGGUUCGGCGGCGAGCCCACCUUUUGUGUGCGCCGCCUGAGCGCCGCCGUCAGCUUCCAGUCGGACCCCGCCGACCCGCAGAUUGGAUUUUUGCCUGGAGUUCAGAAUCAUUGCUGGCUCCAGGAACUAAGGCCCGAGGAUUUCGACUACCUCAGCAACAAUGAUGUGCAACGCAAGGACAAGACUGUUUUUAUAAAACUGCAUAAACGGGCUGAGCUGUACGCCUCGUACGCGCGGCGUCCGCCGGGCGGAGUGACCGCAGUGCGCGUCCGCUGUCUGCCAUUCGUCUACGUGAUCGGUCAGCCCAAGUGCGGCACGACCGACCUGCGCCACCGGCUCAGCCUGCACCCGCGCGUCGCUAGUGGCACCGUCUGGAGCGAUGCGCACUGGUGGAGCCGCCAGCGCUUCCCGGCGCCCAGCGGAGAUGUGUCGGACCGGCCGAGCGGCCCGGUCAGUUUCCGCGAGUACCUGGACUCGUUCGAGCUGGUCUCCCACCGUCUGGUAGGAGCCGACUGCGGGCGCACAGGUGACGGCCGCCACCGGCCCUGGACGCCCGAUUCACGCAUCAUCACAGUGGACGGCAGCACCUCUACCAUGUGGGACGAGCGGAGUCUGCGUGAGGCGCGCCGCCGACCGGCGCUGGCCGCCGAGCAGUACCCGCCGCUGGCAGAGACCACGGCCGCCGGCCUGGCCGCCCUGCAGCCCACCGCGCGCAUAGUGGCCAUUCUGAGGGAGCCGACAGAUAGGCUAUUUUCCGACUACCUCUACUUCAACUCGCAACGGGACUCUGAGAAGAGUGCCGAUGAGUUCCACCAGAUGGCGCAGCGGGCGGUGGGCAUGUGGACGAACUGCACGAGGAGCCGGACAGAGAACGACUGCGCCACCGACCGGCGGGUCAUCGACAGACUAGGGGUACGUCUGCACGUGGGACUGUACGCGGUGUACCUCCGGCCCUGGCUGCAGGAGUUUGGUCGAGAUCAGGUGCUGGUACUGCGCACAGAGGAUCACCGUCGGAACAUCACCCAGAGCCUCCACGCGCUGUUCAACCAUCUCGACAUCGGAGUUCCUGCGGACACGGUCUGGGAGGAGAUUCGCACCGCCAGUCCGAAAAACGUGCGCCGGAAGAGCCUCAAGCACCAGACCAUGCUGCCGGAGACCAGGCGACUGCUGAGGGACUUUUACCGGCCGUUCAACCGGCGGCUGGCGCGACUGCUGCGCUCCGACCGCUUCCUUUGGGAGGACAGCGAGCCGUAAGGGGCGCCGCCACCGGUAGCACCGCGUCUCCGAGUGCUUGCUAUGGGAGGACAGCGAGCAAUGGAAGACGCCGUUGCAGUGCCGCUACAUACCGACCCCUUCAUAAGGAAGAAGAGUAGCCGAUGGUGAGCAGCGCGCCAUCGGAGCCGGACUGGGGACGACGGAGUCAGGAACAGCUGAUAGAAGAGAGUGGAUCAUAUUGGUCCAUCGUGUGGUGCAGGGGCCAUAUUGGCCCCCAGCUGCCGACACGUUAUUACCUUCUGAGGAGGUCUCAAAGCCAAGGAUCACUCGUGCUGAACCCGCAAAUUAUUGGAGUAAAACCACAGAAAGACGGGCUCAAAUUGAACCACUUUCAGAAGCUCAUGGGCAUACUUUUUACCACGUAAAACGCACAUCCUGUGAAUAUAUGUUAUUUACCUAUUUAAUCAAUAUUUUUCUGGAAUUAAAAAUAAAAGCAUGUGUAUGUAAUGUGUGUCAG